AUGGCCGGGAGGCGAGAGGAGCACAAAAGGGUCAGGCCGGAGCCACCUCGGGGGCAACAAUCUACCGUGCUGAGGCGCAAGGUGGACCGACUUGACCAUCCGGUGUCGAGGUCCCCGCUCCCCAUCUCAGGACACCUCGGUCGGUGCCUCCGACAAGCUAAAGAGCUUUCGCCCCACCCGGAGGGCCCUAUUGAGCGGCAGAUCGACGUGAUAACAGGCGGCCUAGCAUCCGGAGGGAACAAUAUAUCCGGGCGAAAGGCAUACGCCCACGCCGCCGCGGCCGAAGCCCCCAAACGUGGACCCGAGCCCGAGGUCACCUUCCCGGCCAAGGGGACCGAGCGAUCCGAGCACGAUGAUGCACUCAUAAUAGUAGCCAAGAUCGCCAAUGCCCAAGUGAGGAGGAUCAUGAUCGACACAGGGAGCUCGACCGAUGUGCUAUACCUGGAUGCUUUUCAAAAGCUUGGGCUAACUAGGGACGCCUUGGAGCCGAUGUGCUCGGCACUCACCGGGUUCACCGACGACUCGAUCUCACCGUUGGGAGCGAUCACCUUGCCCCUAACCCUGGGAGUCCCGCCAAGGUCCAAGACGAUGAUAGCAACCUUCUUGGUGGUUGACCUCCCCACUGCAUACAACGCAAUCCUCGGUCGCCCGAUCCUCAACAAGAUCAGGGUCAUUAUCUCCACUUACUACCAAACAGUGAAGUUUUCGACCCACGCCGGGGUCGGGGAAGUCUGGCGAAGUCCCCGCGAAUCUAGACGGUGCUACUUGAUGGCGGUCUCAUUGCACAAAAGGGCAAGGACCGAACAACCACUGGGGGACCCCUGA